AUGAACAGAAAACGGGUAGUUACUGUAAAUGACAUUAUUUACCAAAACUCUUUAAACACUUAUUACCGUAACAUAACACAAUGGAUAAAUAAUCAUUUGACUCAUUCAACUAUUCUUAUAACUCCAUGUGAAUAUAAUAAAAUUCCUCAAUUAAAAGAUUUUCUCAACUUACUAAAUCAAACAAACUCAUUUUCCUUGAAAAUGUGUCCGUUAAAUAAUUCUUUCAAUUCACAAAAUAGUUGUUCUUUUGAUUCAAUGAAAGAAUGGAUAAUCAUAUCGUCUCAAAUGCAUAGCCUCUUUGGUAAUGACUGGAAACGAAGUUAUUUAUUUUGUUAUUGUGAAAUUACUGUCGAGCAACUAAUUUCAUUAGUGUUGGAAUACGCUAAGUGUGCUAAAAUGCCUUUGAUACUUGCAAUGCCCCAAAACCAGAUAACUGAAAUUCAAACAUCAAGUAAGAAUAUUACUCCUUUUCGACAUACUAUUUCGUUUCUUCAAGAUAAUAUUUCUAAUAAUAUAUUAUAA